AAGGUUCUACUUUGUUUUGUCUCGCCCCGUAAAACUUCAAACAUGUUGGUCGACUAUUUUGUCUUAAACAAAAUACACAAGCAAUAGAUGUGUACAAAAUUGACAUGUGAAAUAUCUCUCAAAGUGAGUGUUCGGAGGCUCCGUAUCAAAAAAAGCUGACAAGAUACAGAAAUGACGAGAAAAAGGCCAAGAAAAUUCAAUGUCCUURUGUGGCUGGUGGUGUUUGUGACCUGUGUGUCAGUUUCCAUGUCAGAAGACGAUGUUGUUUCCGAGGCCAAUGMAAUGGCGAAAAAGAUCGAGGAAGAAAACCAAAAAGUAGACGAUCAAACCAAUGCAAUGGUGAGAGCAAUUGAAAAUAACGCCAAAAAUGUCGACGACAGUGAACAAGAGAAAAAGUUUGAAAAGGCAAGCAAGCGUGUUGACGAUGUCAUGGACAAAAACGAAGAAAAUGUUGAUAUAAAAGCUGAAAAAGCUGAGGAAAUCGCAAAUGAAGCAGAGCGUAGGGUUGAGGAGUUGGGUCGCAAAAUAGAAUCAGCCGCGGACUUUAACAAACGAAGUACAAUAAGGAGUGACGCAGAGUCCGAAGACGAGACAUCGAAGAACGUCGACAUCACYGCCAACACGAAAAACAAAGUAGUUGAACCAAGUAAAGUCGUGAUUCUGCCUGACGCCUCAGUCAGGGGAACUGACUCUGAAAAUAUGCAGAUCAAAGAGCUUCAGAGCAAGAGUUCGCAUGGAAUAUGGCUGGCGGUGCACAUACCUGACAAUGCUACAGUUCCAAGACCUGUCAAGAUCAUGUCGACCAAAAAAGCAGCCGAYGAUCUGGAGAAAGUUGUUGGACCUAAUAAGGAAACUAUGUUUAAGGAGCUUCAGACGAUAAUAGGUGUAGACAGUGCUACACUUAGGAAAAUGCUCCGAGCAGGACAAGUUGAUAAUGUGAUGCAAAAGAAAAAGAAAAGGCCUAAUAAUGAUGAAGAACAAAAUGAUGAAGCUGAAGAUGACAUGAAUGAUGAUGAGGAAGACGACGAUGACUAUGAUGAUGAUUACAGUGGUGAAGAUGACGAGGACUGCGAUGAUGAAUAUGAUUAUGAUGAUGAUGAGGAAGAUUAUGAUUAUCCAAAACGUAAGAAGCAUCGUGAUAAAGGGAGCGGCAGAAAGGGAAAGUGUUCAAAGCUGCUUCCUUGGACACUUAACGAUGGAAGUGGGAAAAUGAAUGAUAGGUUGAAUGAUGAACCAGAAAAAACUGUCUAUCARCCUAGUGGCUUCAAGGAACCAUUAGCUGACCUCUUCAAUAAAGUAAAGGUGAAGUAUAGGAAGAAAAAGGUUUGCCUCCAUGCMACACAUCCUUUGAUUAAAGAACUUUGUAAAGAAAUGUCCGAACAAAACGGACACCGUUACAACCCAAACCAUCCUCGAAGACAUCAUACAAAAUUCCACAAUAAAUACUACAAACAUCUGAAACACCUCAUGGGGAAGUUCCUGGACAAGCACAACGGAAAACAUGCAAAGAAAGUUCUAGAAUAUUUGAACCUUCUUCUUGCUGACCAGCUUCGUUUAUCAUCGGACGGCGUUGUACAUUUGUAUCCAAACCGUGGUAAACCGAAUAGCUACGGAGAUGGAUUCAAUGCUCUUGUGAACGAUGAAAUUGGUGACAAUGCAAAUGAUAUUACAAGCAAGAUGACAGGGGGAAUAGGCCUUCCGCUAAUGGACCAGCCGCCUUUGGAGGAUUCACAGAAUGGGCACGUGAUUAGAAUUCCAGUUCAAGCCAGUGCACGCGGCCUUAGAAAUCACAGACACUUUGGCGUUAUAUCGCCUUUACAGGCUAAUAUACUUAAUAAUCAAGUUCAUACAAAACUGGGUGAUAUUCAUGCCGCGGAUGAUUUACAGAUGCAGUCGUUUAAAGAGGAACUAGGAAGGACMAACGAUGAAAUGUAUGAGCAACAAAGGCAAGCGGCCCGUGAUAAAGCUCUUAUGGACAAGUACCUGUUUCGAGUUCGCUCAAUGGGGAUGAGAGGGCCCGGAAUAGUGAACUGGGCAAGAAUGCAAAAAGAUGCGGCUGCAAGAGUAAAUGGUCAGCGGGUGUCAGUCAUAGAUCCGGACCAAAUUUCUCUUCAUCAAGCAAGAAUACCUUACAAGAACAAUGUAGAUAUUCCAUCACUAGGUGGUUAUGUGGACGAUCGAAGGUUCAAAGGUUUCACAAAACGAAACCGMAUUAAAACAAAAAGGAACAAAAACUUUAAUCCAAUGAAACAUCGAUUAUGGAAACUAAUCAAGCGUGCUAUGGCUAAAGCGAAAAAAUCAAAACUCUCSRAAGYGUUGCACCGAUAACUGAUUCUUAAUCGUUGCGAAACRAUUAUUGUAAUACAUUUAUUAUUUUUUGUACUUGAAGUUUUAGUGGAAUCGUGUGCUCUGUGAUCACCGUAGCAACAAAUAUGCAAAUUGAACUUUUUUAGCACUUAGYCAUCRUGAACUAAGAGAUUGUUGCGUGAUCACUAAACCAUACUUGAUGCGAUCACGAUAUCUAAAACAUCCACAGUUUUGUAAUUAAAAUCACAUAAUMAUUUAACAGAGAAAUCAAAGACCAGUUUCUUUAACCCCACUGAGUUCUUAAUCAGACAUCGAUAUAUAUUUUUUGUUCAAAACUCAAGGGGUGCUGUUGUAUUGAAGUCUUAUUUGCAUAAAAUUGUACACUAAUAUC